AUCUAUGAAAAUCAGUAAAAAAAAACAACUUCAGGGAAACAAAGAACUUUCUCUAGUAAAUGUGCCAUUGGUUGAAAUCACAAAGAGGAAGUUCGAUGGCUAAGGGACUUAAAAACUGUUUCACCACCUCCACCAGUCAGUUGUCUUUGUUGUGUUCGACUUGAGUAGAUUGCUGUAUCCUCUGCUAGCGUGACCUGAGCUCCAGGGUUGGUAGAGUAAAGGCAGAUGAUGAUGCUCUACCUGGCUCUCCUUCUGGGCGUUCUGCCUUGUGCAGCCCAAGACUGGAGGCCACCUUUGAUCGAGCUGAACAAAACAGCCGUAAGUGAAGCUGAAAUCUGUUUGCCCGUGGGUACUCGUUUUACCCUGAGUUGUCGUGGUAACAGCAGUGUGUCCUGGAAGACUUCGCCACGAUCUCACAGCCGUCACAUCAAGAACAACUUGAUCAGAGUCAAAGAGGCCACUGUUAUCCACACCGGAAGAUACAAGUGUCUGUAUGAUGAACGUCCAGAGCUGCACUCAGAACUCUAUAUCUACAUAACCAAUGGUGAGAUGUUCACACCAGCGAUGUCUAAUGUUGAAGUUACUGAGGAGGGCUCAGACUAUCUCAUCGGCUGUUUACUGACGGAUCCCAGUGCAACAGACCUUUCUCUCCGCCUGACUAACGGCAGUGCUGUGCCCCAGGACAUGAACUACACCGUCGAUCCGAAGAGGGGGAUUCUCGUCCGAGGCCUCCUGCCCCAUCACAGCGGAGAAUAUGUCUGCAGUGCAUCAGUCCGCGGGAAAAACGGAAUCUCUGAACCGUACGGUUUAAUAAUCCGACCAAAAGUACGUUCUCCACCAGGUGUACUGAUGACAGUCCAGGAGCCCAUUCGUAUUGUUGGGGAAAAGCUGCAAAUCCAAUGCACUUGUACUAACCCCAACCGCAUUUUCAGUGUCACCUGGACACAUACUUCUGGUCGAGAGAUGACACAUAAGCGGUCCACCUCUUCAGAUCAUGCAGGAGUGCAAUUAACCAGCACCUUGACCAUUCCCUCUGUGAGUCUGUCUGACACAGGGAACAUCACCUGCGAGGCCGCCAAUGAAGCUGGUGUAAACUCCUCCACUAUGCACCUGCAAGUUAUAGAGGAGGCAUACAUCAAUCUUGUCCCUCUGCUCUCCUUGGGGACAAGUUUGGGGACACGUUUGGACAAGUUUGGGGACAAUGAUGAUGGUGUGGCUGUCCAUGUAAUAGAAGGAGAGAGUAUUACACUGGGUGUCCAAAUCACUGCUUACCCAGAGAUGGAAGACCACUGGUGGGAUACAACUGUACUCUGUAAUGCAACAAACCAGGAAGAAACUUCUCUCAAAAUUGCAAAUGGAUACAAAAGCACACGGCUUCUGAGGAGCGUGAAGCGGGAAGAACAGGGCCUGUACACCAUCCAUGCCAGGAGCGACAAAGUCAAUGCCUCACUGAACUUCAAUGUCUCUGUCUCUUACAAGCCAAGCGCUUUGGUUAGAUGGGAUAAUAAUUCACUGACCUGUGUUGCCACUGGCUACCCUUCACCUGUAAUUUACUGGUAUCAAUGCGCGGGCCUCAGCACCACAUGUGACAAAAACGUCAGUCUAGAGGGAGAGGCCUUUGUGGUGAAACAGAGUGAGUCUGGGCAAGGGCAGGUGGAAAGUGUUCUCCAUGUGAACCACACCAACACCAGAAUGUCCAUACAAUGUAUAGCAGUGAACCUUGCUGGAGAGGACCGGGACACUAUUUCUUUUGACUUCACCUCUGUCGCAGUUCCAAGAAUUCUAGUAUCUAAUAAUUUCACAUCAACCCUCAUUGGUGCAUCAAGCAUGGUCGGAAUAUUGACAAUCCUGCUCGCAGUUGUUUUCUACAAGUACAAACAGAAACCUAAAUUUGAAAUCAGAUGGAAAAUAAUCGAGCUCAGUGAUGGGAACAACUACACAUUUAUUGAUCCAUCCCAGCUUCCAUACAAUGACAAGUGGGAGUUUCCACGUGAAAGGCUAAGGCUUGGUCAAGUGUUGGGUACUGGGGCCUUUGGGAAGGUGGUGGAGGCCACAGCUUAUGGCCUAGGCACAGAUGAAGACAUCACCCGUGUGGCAGUGAAGAUGCUCAAACCCAGAGCCCAUUCAGAGGAGAGAGAGGCUCUGAUGUCAGAACUGAAGAUUCUGAGCCACUUAGGACCCCACAGCAAUAUAGUCAACCUACUGGGUGCCUGUACACAAGGAGGGCCAAUGCUAAUGAUCACAGAGUACUGUGGUCACGGCGACCUGCUAAACUUCUUACGCGGCCGGGCAGAGAUGUUUGUGUCCUCAGUCUUGAGUGUCUCCAGCAUUUCCAGUGAGAGCACGCUCUACAAGAACCUCACUGAAGACCACCGUGUCAGAAGCGACAGCGGCAUCUCCUGCUCUGGCUCCGACUACCAGGACAUGUCAUCGGAGCAGAAGCCAAGGCACCAGUCACUGGGUUGCCACCCAGAGACAGAAUCCAGAUUGUUUGGCAUGGAGGACUUACUACGAUUCUCCUAUGAUGUGGCUCAGGGCAUGGACUUCCUAGCCGCUCGCAAUUGCAUUCACAGAGAUGUGGCUGCCCGGAAUGUUCUCCUGACUGAUUGCUGUGUGGCCAAGAUCUGUGAUUUUGGGCUUGCCAGAGACAUAAUGAACGACUCCAAUUAUGUGGUCAAAGGAAAUGCACGACUGCCAGUGAAGUGGAUGUCUCCCGAGAGCAUCUUUGAUUGUGUGUACACAGUGCAGAGUGAUGUCUGGUCUUAUGGCAUACUGCUGUGGGAGAUCUUCUCUCUAGGUAAAAGCCCAUACCCUGAUAUAAUGGUGAACUCCAGAUUCUAUAAAAUGAUUCAAGACGGGUAUCAGAUGUCUCAGCCAGACUUUGCACCAUCAGAGAUGUAUACAAUCAUGAGAAUGUGCUGGAGCCUGGAACCAACACAGCGUCCAACAUUCAGUAAAGUUGGAGAACUUAUUGGACGGCUACUGCCAGAUCAACCUCAUCAACAUUACAGGAACCUCCAGCUGGCCCUUGAGGAGACCGAGGCAGAAGAAGUGUGUGAAUCGCCUGCCGUCUGCGAGGGGAGCUUUGAGCAGUCACUUGAUCAGGAUGCGGAGGGACAACCACUGAUGAAAAAUAACUACAGAAUUUGCUGAUGAGAAAGUAGGAUGUAACCCAUAUACUGUACAGGGAAAUCUACAUUUACGUACAUACGCACACAUACAAAUGCAAACAUGCCAAACACACACACAGACACACACACACACACACACACACACACACACACACUGUUUUUCCAGUUGAUUUUAGCUAAGCUUAAAGUUAGCUUGGCCUGAAUAUAUCCUGUUUUACAUUACCAUUGUGACCAGCGGUGCUUGAAUAUAGCUUUUGUUAACUUAUAUGUCUAUACACAGAGCUGCUUAACAUUCAUUCAGUGUUCAAAGUGGCCUUUUAUAUGAGUUUCCCAUUCCAGUUUCCCAUUUCCCUAGGAUGUGUAAAUAACUCACAUUCAUGUAAUGUAAUACACCUACCAUGUUCUUUUAUGAUUUUUUUUUUAUGCAUGCAAAAUGUAACCUGUUGAAGUUAAACAUACAAAAAAUAUUAAACACUCUUUCUAGAGUCAAAAA